CAUGGAGACGGGCGGGUGCCGCAUGGGCGGCGCGGGGCCCGCCGCGAUCACGCUGGAGGAGCUGGACGGGCUGGAGGAGAGCCCCGACUCGGCGUACCACAGCCACGGCAGCUCCCUGGAGGAGGAGGCGGCCGAGCGCAUGGACGACGAGGAGCAGGAGCGGCUGCUGAGCUACUGGCAGAGCGUGGGCAGGGGGCACCAGGUGGACGUGCCCCGCGACAUGGCAGAGCCAAUCCAGCAGCUGACCAGGAAUAACAACCCCCAGGAGAGACAGACCAUCCCCUUCACCCUGAUCCAGCGCAAGGAAAAGCUGGGAGACCUGCUCUAUGAAAAAAGGCAGUACGGGAAGGCCAAGUGGGCCUGCAUAAAAAUGAAGGAGAAACAGUACGAGCAGAGCAUCUGCCUGGGCUUCAUGAAGCUCAUGAGGUACAUCUGUGAGCAGAACUCCUCAGGGCUGUACCUGGGCAUCACCAUCCCCAUCGUGACCAUCGUGCACACCAACGAGUCGCAGUCGGCGAUGACCCCGGCGGUGACGGUCGCCUACUACCUGCCCGAGGUGCUGCAGGACGAGCCCCCACACCCCUUCGACUCGGACAUCAGCAUCGAGGAGUGGCCUUCCACCAUCGUCUACAGCAGGAGCUUCAGGGGCAUCACCAACGAAGACUCGAUCAUGAGAGAGAUCAGCGUGCUGGCAGCCAUCCUGGAGAGCCCCGAGCUGUGCCUGCAGGACACCUUCAUCAUCGCCGGCUACACCAACCCCGCCGCCGCCAACCGCCACAACGAGAUCUGGUUCCUGCAGCGGCCCUGACCCGCCCGUGCUGCCCUGAGCUGCCUGUGCUGCCCUGCUCCCCCAGGCACAGCUCCCAGCUCACCCACACACUAGGUGCCCGACCCAGAGAGUUCAGCGACGGGGCUUUGAGCCCCGGUAGGAGGCAAUCCCCCAGCUCAGUCACCACACCCAGGUCACCCCAACACAGUCCCCUGUGUCACCUUGGACAGUCUCUACACAAUUUUAAUGAGGGUUUUAGCACUUUAUAAGUUAGUUCACCUUAUCUUUUGUUUACAAGAUAAGGCAGGCAGAGACCUCUCCCCUCAUCCACUCGCUGGCAUCCCUAGACUGCUUGUGGCUUGGGAUGGUCCCUGGGGAGACCCUGGAGCUCCUGCUCUGGGCACCCGGUGCUGCACAAAGACCCCGCUGGGGCAGUCAGUGGGAACACACCAAACCCACCUCAACAUGCAGAAAAAGAAUGUCCAGGUCGUAGUUCCUGAAGGGAACUACCAGAUUUAGCCCCCUGGGACUGACCCAAGGAGUCAGAGUAGACCAGUGCUGACUGCUUUGGAUGUCCUCAUCCGUGACACAAAUCCUAAUGCUUACCUCACAAAGCACCCAACCAAAGGACUUUUAGUCUGGAGAAGAGACCAAAAAGGCACCACAGUCCUAAUGCUCAUUGAAGUUUUGAUAGCAAAGUUACAGGUUACCUUAAUCCCACACUCCCAGGAACCCCGUGACUGUCUCUGGCAUUCCUAAAUAGCCACUGGUUAUUUUUAACUCCAGUUUUCUGAACGCUUUUUUCUCACGACUUUGCUGGAUGCUAAAACACUGCAGCGAGGUAAUUAAUUUGUUCAGUCCUUCUGCCACACCAUUAAUGUAAUAACUGACACAAAUAUUCACAGAAUCACAUAAAAAUCCCAGCUAGAAGUGACCUCUGCAGAGAGAAGGGCCAGGCAGAGCUGGCUGCUCUGGGUCUCACACGCCUGGAGUUUGAGCAGCUCCAGGGAUGAGGAGUCCACAGCCCCUCUGGGCCCUGCUGCAGUUUGACCACCCUCACUGUGAGAAUUUUUUUCUUCCUAAUAUCCAGCUUGUGGUUUCUUUUGCCCUCCACCCCCAGGAUAAUCCUGCAGGCAGACAGCUGCCCGCCUGGCAGGAGGGCUGAGAGCAGCAUUCCCACUGUUUCACACAGCCCAAGGGCACCUACUGCACUUCAGAACUGGGGUAGCAAACAGUUUUGCUCUCAAAAAAUCCCUCCUGAAUGUCUCCCCCUACUGAUAUGAAGGCAGAGUUUAUGCUUAAUAGAAGUGUCUUUUUAUAUAAAAUUUAUGGAGUAUAUCACCAGCAUUAUUUAUUGGUUGCAGGAUUUGGGGUUUAAACAGAGCUUUGUGCUCUCUAAUCACAACCUACAGACCAGCAACCAGAGCCAGUGGCUGCUAACUCCCAGCAGAGUGACAAAAUAACUCCAGGCAUGGAUUUAUGGAGUACUUCUGGAAGAACCUGAAGCCUCCUGUUCCCACUGGCUUUAAGCUUAACCCAAAGCCUCUCCCUGAGCAGCAGGAUCAGAGUGCAGCUGGCCCUGGCUUAAGUGGGACCAAGGUACCCUCUGGUGCUUGCUGGGCAUGGAGAUUCCUUGGGACGCAGCAAGGAGAGGGGGAAAAUGGAAAAAGAAAAUAAAAAGAGAGAGAAAAGCCUUAGUUUUAACACAAACAAACCAACAGUCCUCGUGGGGAGGAAAAUCCCAGACCAACAAAAGUGCAAUGAAGGAUCUCAGCCUGGGAAAAGGAAAAUUAAAAAUGCCAGCCAGUAUUAAAUUAAAAGCUCUUAGCUAACAGAAAACAAUAAAAAGUUUUUAAAAAUUCAGUUGAAUAGAGGGCCCAGGGAGGAAGGUUUUGUCCUCAACACACCCCCCCCGCCAAGAUUUUUAAAAGAGCAAAUACAAAUAAUUUUUUUCCUUUGGCAAGAUUUUCUGCCAAAUUAAAGAGGUUUCUGCAAUCUGAUUGCUUUUGCCAGUUAGAGAAAUUAUCUUACUGCUUUGGCACAACAGAUGCUGAACAGUCCUUGGAAGCAGUGAAAUCCUCCCACCAUACAGCACCAGUUUGUACACAGUUCACAUUUCAAACCUCUGCUGCAGAAAGCCCUUGCUGUGUCUGGUGUCCCCUCCCAGGGCAGCCCAAGCCCUGCCGUGACUCGGCUCCUGGUCCUGCAAACAUCCCUGUCCCUGAGACAGGAGCAGUGUGUCUGUGUGCUGAUCUCCCACUGCAGCCAAGCCUCCCCCGCUGUUCCUGGCAGACUGUGAACUCCCACAUAGUAUUUAUUUAUUUUGACUCGUGUUAGAUGGCUUCUGCUGCUGAGAAAAAAACUACACCUCCCGUUUGAAGAUACACUUUAUGGCUGUGGAACGUGGAACAGGGCUGUAACUGGCCCUCCUGAGCACAGGGACCAAGAAUUCCAGCUUUUAACUGGCACACAACAAGGUUUAUUUAGUUGUUACACCAGUGAAUGCCAAGCAAACAGUACUAUGACUCCAAAUUCAAAACUUCAUGUCAAGAAUGAUCACCUGGGAACAGGUAUUUAAUUAUCCAUCCGUGGCUCUCCUUUGGAAGCCACUCGUGGAUUUUCAUUUUUAAUUUGAAGCUGUUAGAUUUCCACUGUCCAAAGGAGGUAAUAAAACAGCAUUCACCCCCAUUUUUGGAAGAUUAAACGAUGUAGCCUUAACAGA